CUCCAUUCUGAAUGCGGCCCUGUACGUGGCAGCCUGAAGUCCGUCGAAGCGCCUGAUGUUUGGAGGCGGAACAUAAAGUCACGUCAGCGGGACUGCAGCGGCCUGUCACGGUGCUUUGGGACCGAUUGAGCCGUAAGAAGUGAGCGCUGACCGACAAUCAGGUGGUGUCUGCAAGACAAAACCCCAAAGUGCUUGGAGUCGGCUCUCUGCAGUCAUGAUGUCUAAGUCAGCCCUGCUGAAGGUGAUCCUUGUGGGUGACGGCGGCGUAGGUAAGUCAUCCCUCAUGAACCGCUACAUCUCCAACAAGUUCGACAACCGCCUGUUCCACACCAUUGGAGUGGAGUUCCUGAACAAGGAACUGGAAGUGGAUGGCCACAACGUCACUCUGCAGAUCUGGGACACAGCUGGCCAGGAGCGCUUCCGCAGCCUGCGCACACCGUUCUACCGUGGCUCCGACUGCUGCCUUCUCACCUUCAGCUUGGACGAUGGGCAGAGCUUCCGCAACCUAGCCAACUGGAAAAAGGAGUUUAUGUACUAUGCUGACAUCAAGGAUCCAGAUACGUUUCCCUUUGUGGUGCUGGGCAACAAACUGGAUGUGCCUGAGCGGCAGGUGUCCGGUGAGGACGCGCGGCAGUGGUGCCUUGAGAAUGGCGGGCACCCAUAUUUUGAAACAAGCGCCAAAGAUGCCACCAAUGUGGCGUCCGCCUUCCAGGAAGCAGCGCGCCGCAUUCUGGCGUUGGACAACAGAGCGGACCAUUUCAUCCAGACCGACACAGUGGACCUGCAGAAGAAGAAUCCGCCUCAUUCUGCAUGUUGUUGAGCUGUUGCGUAGGUGUGGGAGGCGUAUGUAACUUCUUCAAAUGACCCAGCAGGAACUCGUGAUGAGUGUGCAGCUGCCACACAGUGUGGUUUGUGACGCUGCAAAAUGAAACACUCAUGUUCUGCAAAGAACUGUAACGCACACCCGGAAUGUUGUGAUAAACUGCAGCUGUAUCAGCAGUGUCUGAAGCCGCCUGCCAUUGGAUUGAUCCAAAUGCAUAU